CGUCACCGCCGCUCCGCCGCAGCCCCAGCGCAGACGGAGCCGCCCGGUCCCGGUGCCGCCCGGUCCCGCCGCGAUGCCCUCGGACCGGCCCUUCAAGCAGCGCCGCACCUUCGCGGAUCGUUGUAAAGAAGUGCAGCAGAUCCGAGAGCAGCAUCCAAACAAGAUCCCAGUCAUCAUUGAACGCUACAAAGGGGAGAAACAGCUGCCAGUGCUGGAUAAGACCAAGUUCCUUGUCCCAGACCAUGUCAACAUGAGUGAAUUGGUCAAAAUAAUCCGGCGCCGCUUGCAGCUGAACCCCACCCAGGCCUUCUUCCUGCUGGUGAACCAGCACAGCAUGGUCAGCGUGUCCACCCCCAUCUCGGAGAUCUACGAGCAGGAAAAGGACGAGGAUGGCUUCCUCUACAUGGUCUAUGCUUCCCAGGAGACCUUUGGCUUCUGAGGGCUGCUGAGAGCUGGCAUGUGGAGACAGAUGAACUGUGGCACAGAGGCCCCUGGCCUCGGAGGACAACACAGCCAGAGGCUCACGAGAGGGGGGCUGUGCUGACCCCCCUCCCCUCCCUCCCUCCCUGUCACCCUCCCUGUCACCCUCCCUGUCACCAAAGAGGCUCGUGGCGCGUGUUGGACUCGCACAACCCCUCCCCUGUGUAGGUCAGUCCCACUCCCCCAGGUGCCCGCCCAGGUGUGUGACACCCCCAGCCAGCACCGCAGACCCCGCUGGGGCCUGUCCCCCUGUCCCUCUGUCCCCCUGUCCCCCUGUCCCCGCGCUGCUCUCGCUGUGCUGUGUGUGCUCUGCUGCUGCCAGACCCGCUGGGCCGCUGUCACCCAGCACAGGGGGAGCCUCCUCUCCCCAGGCACUCACAAAGGGCAGGAGGUCUGCAGAAGCAGCUAACAGAUGUUACCAUUGCUCCCGAGUUUUAAUUGAUUUUAAUUACACCCAUAUCAGAUUCUUGGUGCUACUGAGUAGAUGUAGGCGUCUCUAUAGGACUGUGGAUAAUGUAUAUCCUUUAGAUUUAUUUUAUUGGUUUGUUUGUUUGGUUUGUUUUUUUUUUUAGGGAUAGAUUGGAAUGGGGAGAGGGGGAAACUUUCCUGUAUUCUGUAGGUAAAUAAAUCAGGCUUCAUUGCACUUUAAAGCAUAGUAGAUGUCAGAGUGGAAUUUUCUUUUAAUUUAUACAGGUUUGCCAUCUAUAGUGCUGCUCCUCUGUUGACAGUUGUACCUAGAUUAUCUUGUUUCUUUGUUUUUUCUAAUAAAAUUGAUUUCCCUUC